CUGUAUCCGUGUGAAGGGCCCUCAAAAGUAGCCCAGAGGCCAGCAGUGGGGCCCCUGUCAUGCCGCCGCCGCAGCAGCAGCACCACUUGCAGUCAAGCAGCAGGACUCCAGGCACUCACUUCCCCAGCUGCUGACGUCAGCUGGCAGCCUGGGCUGUGCUCGCCGCUCCGGACAUAGCGCCGAGAAAAAUGCUGCUCUCCGUACCGCCAAGGGCAGGAAUCAACCCAUACAACGGCUAUAACAGCAGAAACAGCAAAAAGCAGGCCUAUGUGUCCUCCGGCCACCAAAUGGCGCCCCCCAGUCCAAACACCAACAGUAGCAGCAACAGCAGUGGGGGAGGGGAACAGCUGAGUAAAACUAAUCUGUACAUCCGCGGCCUCCAUCCGGGAACCACAGACCAAGACCUGGUCAAGCUCUGCCAACCGUAUGGCAAGAUUGUUUCAACCAAGGCCAUCUUGGAUAAAACCACCAACAAAUGUAAAGGCUAUGGCUUUGUGGACUUUGACAGCCCAGUAGCAGCACAGAAAGCAGUUACAGCUCUGAAGUCCAGUGGGGUCCAGGCUCAGAUGGCCAAACAACAAGAGCAGGACCCCACCAACCUCUACAUCUCCAACCUACCACUGUCUAUGGAUGAGCAGGAGCUGGAGAGCAUGCUCAAAUCAUUUGGCCAGGUCAUUUCCACACGCAUCCUCCGAGAUGCUAACGGGACAAGCCGCGGUGUGGGAUUUGCCAGAAUGGAAUCUACGGAGAAGUGUGAGGCCAUAAUUCAACAUUUCAAUGGCAAAUUCAUCAAGACUCCACCAGGAGUGCCUGUGCCCACAGAGCCCUUAUUAUGUAAGUUUGCAGACGGAGGUCAGAAGAAGAGACAGAGCCAAGGGAAGUACCUCCAUAAUGGAAGGACCUGGGGUAGAGAUGGAGAUACGGGAGGAAUGACGCUUGCGUAUGACCCCACAGCCUUACAAAAUGGCUUUUACUCCUCACCCUACAGUCUGGCUCCAAACCGAAUGAUCGCCCAGACUUCCCUCUCACCUUACAUGCAUUCUCCUGUCUCAUCCUACCAGGUACACAACCCGUCCUGGAUGCACCAUCAGUCAUACCUCAUGCAGCCAGCUGGUACAGUUCUUACCCCAACAAUGGAUCAUGCCAUGUCCAUCCAGCCCACGUCCAUGAUGGGACCUCUCGCCCAGCAGCUAAGCCACAUGUCCCUGGGCAGCACGGGCACAUAUAUUCCGGCCAACACAACUAUGCAGGGGACCUACAUCCCCCAGUACACACCAGUGCCUCCCUCCAGUGUCCCAUUAGAGGAGAAUGGUGGUCAACAGCAACAGGUUGCCAUGGAGUCUCCCGCAGAGCACACAAACUACUCGUACCAACACACCAAGUGAAGCUAAGCUCCUAGCAGGGUGGGGCUGAGGGCACAAGAUGAAUCCAACCAAACAGGAUUCAGCUGUAAGAGAACUGUGCUCCAUACAUCACCAAACACCCAGACUUGAACACGGAUAAUAAAAGGAACGUGCGUUUGUUUUCGCGUGUGUGUAUGUGUGUGUGUGUGUGUGUGUGUGGUGGGGGGGGGGGUCUGAUUUGUUUUUUUAAAGAAAAAGGACAAAAAUUACGUUAUUGGACUUUUCCUGCUCACAUCUUUAAGAGUUGAUCAACCAAAGGUGGGAAUCUUCUUCACAGAAGCUUUAAUCUAUUUUGAUAACUGAAAAAGGAACAUAACAAGAAGUUUAAAAGGAAACUAAGUAAAACAAACUUAAGAGAAGAGGAAAAGACACAGAGCAUUAUUUUUGUGCACGUAAUAUAAAAAAAUUCUUAUUUUUAAAAGAAAAACGCAUUUUGGACGUUUCAGGGUGAUUCAAGGAAAAAUUGAAACACAAUGUGUCUUUUAUUUUUUGUAAAAUAUGCAAACUUUUAUUUUUAUUUCCUGAUGUUUGUUGUUUGACGUUCUAUUUGCAGCAGCGGGGGCAACAAUUUGUACAGAUUUAAAAACGUUUGCUGGUCUGAUGUGUCGAGUCAUUGUAACCGAGAGGAGGCGAACCGUUUAAAGCUACUUCUUCCUGUAACUGCUGCAGACAUUUCUAUUCAUGCCCAGAUGAUAUUAACAUUAUUUAUAGUUAAGUCUAAGUCUUUCUUUUUUUAAUUUACCUUCUUCCAUAAGUGAACAAAAGACAAUCAAUUAUUUCUAUUUAUAUUUGAAUUAUAGUUCUAUUUUUUUAGAUUUGAAACAUACAUUUAUAGAAAAGAAGUUAUUUAAUACUGUAGUCUAUCAAGACAUGAUGAAACUAACCUUAGCCGAUGCAUUAAUGAUAAGCUCUAACAUUUUGGAAAUUCUUCUUUUGUAGCUUUGAUGCUUGGAUGACUUUCAAUUCAGUUCAAGUCCCGUAUGCACCAUCAAAAAUGGCACUUGUUCAUAUUAAUAGUCGCCCUGUUUUGUUAUAUUUUAACUCCAUGUCACAUCCAUGUCCAUGAGAAGUGGUUUUAAGCGGUUUUGCUGUGGCAAACCUUCAGGUAUCAUUAAAUUCAUCCUCUGUUGAAGGGAUGAAGUGAACGUGCUUUAGAUUUGAGCGGUUAAAUUUACUUACUAAAAGAUUAUGUGUACAAAGAGCAAUGCAGUUACUAAAUUAAGAUAUAGUUUAUCAAAAGCAAUGAGGGAAAUCAAAUAGAGGACUAACACGAUCCCUGAGAAUAAUUAGUAUGAAAGGAAAGGGAGCUGUAAGUCUUUUUUUUAAUGCUGCUGUUGUUACUUGAGUUGGAUUCUCCGUCAGUAAAUUUUAGUUAGUAGAAAGUUAAAUGUUUCUGUUUUUCUUUAUUCUGUCACUUGAAAACCUUCUUGAGCUAACUUGCCUUAUUUUUGAUGAAUUUAUCUUUGAAGUAGAUUUUAGCUGUAGGUUUUACCUUUUUUUUUUAGUAGAUGUUAGUUUUUUCUCUGCGUAUGUAUUGAUGCUGUUUUCUUGUGCUUUUGUUUUCACACAAAUUUCUGUUCCAAACCUUGUGUCGUCUGUCCUCAUAUUGCAUCGGGCCUGUUUGCAGAAAGCCUUUAGGAGUGGAGAGUUGAACCAAACAAAGACUUCAUUUAGUGCUGAUCCAAAAGAUUCUUACUGAUGCUACAUCGGUGUUGCAGCUCAAAGAGGAUUCAUGCACGCAAGCCCUUUUCAGAGUGGAGCUCAUGUCACCACGUGCAGUGCAUCCAAAUAUGUUGAACUUUAAUUUAUGCAGACAUCAAAAACUGUAGAUAUGUAGAUAAUAUAAAUAAUGGUUUUACAAAGGACUGCUCACUAGACCGUGGAAGUGCCAUUAAAGAUAGUUAUAACAGCCUUUAGUGAGGCAGCAAGUCUGAAUGAAUUUAGGAGUGAUACCAAAUUCUGCGAAAACACUUUUUAGCUAAGCCUUAAUGUUUUUUCUCUGAAUGAACUGCCUGAUCUCUCGCAGGAUUGACACUAAGUUGUAUAUACUACGGAAUGGCAACAGGUUUUGUUUGAAUGCCAUCGAGUUAGUCAUAACAUCAGUGGAGUUAGCUGUAGCGUUCCGGGGAGCUUUUCUUCCCGUUCUUCAACCAUCCAUGUUUAAGAUCAGUGAUGCACGCAGUCUAAAAACGUCUUUCUCAAGGCUCGAGGUUUGAUGAUUGGGUUUCUAACUCUUUA